CAUGGUAGUCUAUGGCCGUCACGAGAAUCAAGUACAACAUUCAAGGGUGACCAUGCUCUCGCUCAGUCGAUAGCAUUCAUCCGUGAUGCUUUGGUGUCGCCCGAGUUUGCAUAUUCUGUAGCUGAGGGCGACGUAGGGCGUGUCUACGAAAUACGGUCAAGGCAUGCUGCUGCGAUCAUGCUCUUUACAUUCGCAGGGUCCAGCCACUCAAAAUAUACGACUUACUUACUCGAAACCGUCUACAAUAUCGAGCUCAAAUGUGGCACCGAUCUUCAACUCGCCAUUCUCAAACAACCUCUUGUUAACGUCAUAGGAAAGCCAGGUUCAUUCUGCGCGGGUGACGUCAUUCAGGAAUAUUUCAAUCGAAUGCUCCAGGCCAUUAUUGAACGCGAGGAAACCGACUAUGGUGACACAUACCACAUGCCCGGGGAAAAAACAAUCAUAAGUUAG